AUGUUUCGAAAGCAGAAAUUACUAACGUCCAAGGGCUUAAAUUUAAUUACACAAUACUAUAAAAAAUAUAGCGUAGUGGCAUCAUUACUAACAAAUCCAAAUAUUGGUAAUGUAGCUGAAGUUAAGGGGUGGGUUAAGAGCUUAAGAGUCCAGAAAGAUCUCGUAUUCGCAGAUGUGAGCGACGGAUCAACAGCUAACAAAUUACAGGUUUUGAUUCCUAAAAACCUAAAAACCAAUGAUUUAACAUAUGGUAGCGCGGUUCAUAUUACAGGAAAACUUGAAAAAAGCCCUCGGGGUCAGCUUGAAUUACGAGCUGAUUACGUAAAAGUUUAUGGAACAUGUGUAGUUCUUGACGGGUAUCCAUUCAAUCCCCGAACAGCUCAUCCGCCAGAAUAUAUUCGCAAUUACUUACACUUACGCUGUCGUACCAAUUACAUAUCAGCAAUGCUCAGAAUCCGUCACUCUGUUACGAAACACAUACAUGACUUUUUUGCAUCAAGGAAUUAUUUAAACGUAAACACACCUAUAUUAACUUCCAAUGAUUGUGAAGGUGCUGGAGAAACUUUUAAAGUUUUACCUGAUAGUGAGGAAACUAUCAAAGCAAUGUUGCAAGAAGGAAAAACUAAUGAUGAUGUGUAUUUUGGGAGGAAAUCAUUCUUAACAGUGUCUGCUCAAUUGCAUUUAGAGGCUAUAUGUAGAGGAAUGGGUAAUGUUUAUACUUUAGGUCCGACUUUCAGAGCUGAAAACUCUAGAUCACGUCUUCACUUAUCAGAGUUUUAUAUGUUAGAAGCAGAACUUGCUUUUUGCGAUGAUAUAGAACAACUACAGUCUAUUUUAGAACAUUUAUUGAAACAUAUAUUUAGUGAAAUAAGGAAUACAAAUGAAGCUGAUUUAUAUUUAAUAGAUAAGAACAAUGUUGCACCUACUUGGUUGAAGGAUAGAUUUAUUACCUUAACUUAUGAUGAAGCAAGAAAUAUCUUAAAUAAAAAGGGUUUAAGUACAAAUGAAGAUGGAAUUAAUAAAGAACAAGAACUAGCAUUAGUGGAGCACUGUGGUGGAGUUCCAGUGUUUGUAGUACAAUGGCCUAAAAAGCUAAAAUCAUUUUAUAUGAAGGAGAGUGAUUUCGAUAAUAGUAAGGUAGAUGCACUAGAUCUCUUAGGCCCAAUUACAGGCGAAAUAGCCGGUGGAAGUUUAAGAGAAGUUAAUUAUGAAAAACUGCAAUCUAAAUUACCCUCAGAAGCCUUAAAUUGGUAUUUGGAGCUACGGAAGUUUGGAAAUAUUCCAACUGGAGGGUUUGGAUUAGGACUUGAGAGAUUAUUGCAAGUUGUAUGUGGCAUACCUAAUAUUAAAGAUACUUUACCAUUUCCACGGUGGCCACAUAAUUGUAGUAUGUAA